AUGCAUUCAAAUACUGAGGAUUCAGAAUACCAGGAGUUCGUGGAAGUUGAUCCGACUGGUAGAUAUGGAAGGUAUAAUGAGAUCCUUGGCAAGGGUUCAUCAAAAACAGUAUAUAGGGCUUUUGAUGAGUAUGAGGGGAUUGAGGUCGCAUGGAACCAGGUGAAGCUAAAUGACUUUCUUCAAAGCCCGGAGGAUUUGGAGAGGCUAUAUUGUGAGAUCCACCUCCUCAAAACCCUAAAGCACAAGAAUAUAAUGAAAUUCUAUUCUUCCUGGGUCGAUAUCUCCAAGAGGAAGAUCAAUUUUGUCACUGAGAUGUUUACUUCUGGCACUCUGAGGCAGUAUCGGCAAAAACAUCGGAGGGUUAAUAUCAGAGCAGUGAAGCAUUGGUGCAGGCAAAUCUUAAGCGGCCUGCUCUACCUCCACAGCCAUGACCCUCCCAUCAUUCAUAGAGACCUCAAGUGUGACAAUAUUUUUGUUAAUGGAAACCAAGGAGAGGUUAAGAUUGGUGAUCUUGGUCUUGCAGCCAUUCUCCGGAAACCACAAGCUGACCAUUGUGUUGGCACUCCAGAAUUCAUGGCCCCAGAGGUAUAUGAGGAGGCAUACAAUGAAUUGGUUGACAUUUACUCUUUUGGAAUGUGUGUUUUGGAAAUGGUCACCUUUGAAUACCCUUAUAGUGAAU